AUGAGCAUUGAAAAUAUACAAAAUGCUUUGUUAAUAUUUCCUUCUAACAGUGAUUUUGCAAAGUGCAAGGAUAUUGAUGCCAUUCAAACUGAAUUGGAAAUAUUAAAAGAAAUAUGCAAAGAUUUGAGUAUGACAACAAAUUUUCUCAGUAUGAAUGAAAAAUGUGAAGAAGUUAAACAUAUCCUACCAUUAGCUAAUAAUAUUUGUCGAUUAGCAUUAACUGCACCGGUAAGUGUAGCUACUAAUGAACGGACAUUUAGCAAACUUAAACUGAUAAAAAAUCAUUUAAGAUCUACAAUGACAGACAAUAGAUUAGAUUCCCUAAUGCUGUUAAGUAUUGAAAAAGAUAUUUUAGAUACAGUUGAUUUAAGUAAAAUAGCAACACAGUGGUUCAAUAUAAAACAAAGAAGAAUUCAAUUUUAA